AUGAUUGAUGAUAUCACUGAUAGCUUUGCUCCUGUUAUUCAUGGUAUCGAAUAUGAGGCAGAUGCAAUUGAAGAUGCAGUGUUUACUGCAAGAGACACAGAUUUCAGCAAUAUGUUGCAAAGGAUUGGAGAGUCACGAAGAAAAGUAAUGACAUUGAUGAGGUUACUCUCAGGAAAAGCGGACGUUAUCAAGAUGUUUGCCAAGAGGUGUCAAGAUGAAGCAGCUUUGGGCUAUGAAAAGCAACAGCAACAGCAACAGCUCCGGCAACAACGUUAUCACCAAGACUAUGUAUCCCCUCGUUCUUCGUCACCCAAUAUUCCUGAAACGCAUAGCAGUGGUGGUGGCGCUACUCCAUCAAAUACCAACAGUGGACAUGGCAGCAUACCUCCUCCCACUUCCAAUCAGCCACAAGCAUGGCUGCAAAACAUGGCUGACAACGCUCGUCCUCGUGCAGAUAUUGCUUUAUAUUUGGGCGAUAUUCAGGACCAUAUAAUCACAAUGUUUCAAAAUUUAUUGGCGUAUGAAAAGAUAUUUUCACGGUCUCAUUCCAACUAUUUAGCUCAAUUGCAAGUUGAGAGUUUUAACUCGAACAACAGAAUUACGGAAAUGUUUUCCAAAGUUACCAUUAUUGGUACCAUGUUGGUUCCUUUGAAUUUGGUCACUGGUUUAUUCGGAAUGAAUGUUAAAGUUCCCGGUCAAGACUCAAGUAUUGCAUGGUUCUUUGGUAUUGUUGGUGUAUUGAUCGUGAUUGUGAUUGCAAGUAUAACAUUUGCAAAUUGGUGGUUAAAGAGUAUCAACAGACAGAUUGACAAGGAAAAAAGAGCAGGUUUUAGUUCUUCUAGGAGAAGUAUUCGCAGUUUAGGGUUGAGACGUCACACUGCCAAAUCUAUAAUAAGCUUUCCUAAUAAUCAAGCACAUAAGGCACCUGAUGUGAAAGUCAAGGUAGCCAUUGUCCAAAAAAAACCUCCUUCUAAGACAACAUUCCUAGUGUCAUAUGAAAAGCUCGUUACUUAUUACAACCAAGCCUGUAUGGAAGAUGACACUAUUGGAUUCACAUUGAUUGAAUCACCAUUGUCGGAGUUGAGAAGUUUGGUAUCACAUGCGUCUGACCAGGUUAAGAUAUUACCAACCCAAAUUCAUCCCAACAUCCACCAAUCCACUGGUGAGAGAAGGUUAAAGGAAUAUAAUGAAGAUAAUGGAUUCCACCCAGUGCAGUCACAUAUUAAAGUGUCAAAAUUCAUGGAUGCAGUUACCCAUACCAAAAAACAAGCUGCUGGUAGUCACUCCAACAUAGUCCAACACAUAAGCAAAAGAUUCAUGAAAUCUAAAAUGGAGAGAGAGGAAGAGAUAGUCGAUGAUUAUAGAGAUGAUUUUGAGCAGUUGAUUUCCCGUGAUGACUAUGAAUUGGUUAGUGAUACAUCAAUGGUUAUCAAAUAG